AUGUUGCCCAUUCUGCCGUUGGCCUUCUUGGGCUUCUACAUCAAGCCUGGCAAGAACAAGAAAGGCGUACGCGGCAGCGAUUUCUUCGUAGGCGAGCACGAGUUGAUGAAGUAUCUGGAUCGGCUGGACCUCGGUAAGCUCGGAUAUUUUAACUGGUGA